CAACGGGAGCAAGCCAGCAAUUUUCAACCCAGUAGAAAAGGUACCGAUGGUCUUCUCCACUCCACUCGCGCCACUGAUCGAGAGGACAAAAGGUUCACUAUUUCGGUAAAAAGGCUUUUGAGAAUUCAUCCAACAGCCGCAUUCCAGGUGAGCAACGAGAAGUCCCAAUGUGCUCCAACUACCCUCGCCCCCACACUCCAAAAAGGGAGUGCCGAUCAGGCUCGUUGCAAGCAUGCGGCGUCACAAGUUAAAUUUGGCUUUAUUGCAGUCGUUUACGACCUGAGUCCAGACAUAAAUCAAAAACUGCAACGAAGGCCAAAGUCACAGCGCCUAAAGUGA